AUGUACUCUGCAGUCACCGCCCUUGGCCUCCUCUCUCUCCUCCUCCGCCUCGCCGCCGGCAGCCCAACCUCACCAGCGGCCCACACCACCAAACUCGUCACCUUCGAGGACGCACCCGUAUCCACCAACCCUCUUUCCGUCCUCUUGCCUGAAGUCAACCCUGUCGGCAACUACAAUGGCCUCUCCUGGUCAGGCUUCGUAUUCGCCGGCGGCCAGGGGCCCAUCGUGACCGGCGUCAUUCCCCACUCGGGCAGCCACUUCGCUGGCUAUGGUUUAGGCAGUGGAGCGCAGGGUCUCUUUGGCGCCGCAGUGCUCACCCCCUUGCCGCCUUACAAGACCUUCUCGAUGACAUCGCUGUACUUCGGAUGCGUUGCCAACACUGUGGUGGCGGUGCCCGGCGCCGUGGUGGGCAUACCCGCGCCCUGCCAGGUCGCGUUCAUCGCUUACCUACCUGGGGACGCUACGCCGCGAUACGAGGUACCGGAAUCGUUUGGAGUGAUGAAUUCCCCGACGAUGAAGAUGACGCAGGCAAAGUUUACCGGAGAGCAAUUGGCCGGGGUCGAGAGGGUAGAGAUUGUGGUGUACGACAAUGGACUCCCUGACGGGUCGGUGGUGGCGGCGUUGAGUGCGCUUUUGGUGGACGAUGUGGCGUAUACGCUGAACAUGUAG